AGGAAUCUCAAUAGGCCUCAGGACAUCAGAGCGAGGGCGACAUCUAACGGUUAGACAUAUAAACAUCAUAGAAGUGUUUUCACUAAUGAUGCUGGUGGGCGGGGCCACGCCGCUUACGUAGCGACGUACACGUCACGUCAUGUGGAACGUGAGAAGCAGGAACUAGUGUGAUGACGUUGAAUGUUGACAGAGACGAUGGCGUCCAUGGAUCAGUCUCUUUCAGAUUUAACUGACAAGGAAACGCGUGAAAAGUUGUCAUUAUGGGACCGACGGAGUGAUCCCAUGGCUCCACUAUCAGAAAAACAAACAGACUCUAUUCUGGAAAUACGAACGGCAGCUGAAACACUACCCAUUCCAUCAGAGUUACCUAUCGAAGACCUCUGUAGCCUGACGUCACGGUCUUCACGCACCACCUUCACAACAACUGUGCCAGCAUCUACUGAGGACGUGCUGCUGAAGGGCUUCCAAGCACUAGACCUCGAGAAUGAAAGAAUAGAGACUGCGCAACAGUUCUUCUCAUGGUUCUCCAAGCUACAAGUGCACAUGGAUCAGGAUGAAGGCGCCAAAUACAGAAGAACACGAGACGCGCUCAACUCCUACCAGGAACAGUGUGACAGCAUUUUAAAUGACGUCAAUGAGGCACUGCAGCACCUGGACUCGUUGCAAAAGCAGUAUCUGUUUGUCUCUACCAAAACGGGCACCUUGCACGAGGCCUGCGAGCAGCUGCUAAAAGAGCAGUCUGAGCUAGUUGAUUUGGCAGAGACCAUUCAGCAAAAGCUGUCAUAUUUCAAUGAGCUGGAGAACAUCAACACGAAAUUAAACUUGCCUACCCUGUCCGUGAACAGUGAAGAAUUUAUUCCAGUGCUUUCAAAACUGGAUGACUGUAUUGAGUAUGUCUCUUCAAAUCCCAACUUCAAAGACUACCCAGUUUAUCUCACCAAGUUCAAGCAAUGUCUCUCAAGAGCUAUGCAUCUGAUGAAGACCCACACUGUGAACACCAUGCAUAACCUAACCAGCCAGCUCACUAAGAGGGAUCCACUGGGAACAGCGAAUGCCGAUAAUGCAUUCACACUCUACUACGUGAAAUUCAGGGCGGCGGCUCCAAAAGUUCGGACAUUGAUAGAGCAAGUGGAGCAGCGGUCAGAGAGAAUCCCAGAGUACCACCAGUUGCUGGAUGAGAUCCACCAGUGCUAUCUGGACCAGAGGGAAGCCCUGCUCAGCCCCAGCAUAACCUCCACCAUCACCGACCUCACCAGCCAGAACAACAAGGACCACUGCGCACUGGUGCGCAGUGGCUGUGCCUUCAUGGUCCACGUCUGUCAAGAUGAACAUCAACUUUAUAAUGAAUUUUUCUCCAAGCCUACGCCAAAAUUAGAUGAGCUGCUGGAGAAGCUGUGUAUGUCCCUGUACGACGUCCUGAGGCCGCUCAUCAUCCACGUCAUCCACCUGGAGACGCUCUCCGAGCUCUGCAGCAUCCUCAAGAACGAGAUGCUCGAGGACCACGUACACAACAACGCGGUGCAGCUUGGGGCGUUUGAGGCGGUGGUGAAGCAGAUGCUGGAGGACGUGCAGGAGCGGCUGGUCUACCGCACGCACAUCUACAUCCAGAGUGACAUCAUCGGCUACAACCCCGCCCCCGGCGACCUGGCCUACCCCGAGAAGCUGGAGAUGAUGGAGAAAAUCGCCCAGAGCCUGAAGGAAGAGCAGUUGCGUCUGGCGUCAGGCGAGUCGUCCUUCUCGGACGUACAGCUGGAGGAUGCGGAGGCCAAGAAGGCGGCUAGCUCGGGGGCGGUGGAGGGCUCGCGGAUACAGACCACCAUUUCACCAGCUGACCUACACGGCAUGUGGUACCCGACUGUCAGACGUACUCUCGUCUGUCUGUCCAAGCUCUACCGAUGCAUAGAUCGAGCGGUGUUCCAGGGCUUAUCACAGGAGGCCUUAUCUGCCUGCAUCCAGUCUCUCCUCAAAGCCUCUGAUGUCAUCCUCAAGAACAAGACGCAGAUAGAUGGGCAGCUGUUCCUCAUUAAACACCUACUGAUCAUGCGCGAGCAGAUCGCCCCCUUCCACACCGACUUUGCCAUCAAGGAGAUCUCCCUGGACCUGAAGAAGACCAGAGAGGCUGCAUUCAAAAUCCUGAACCCCAAGGCUGUGCCCGGGUUCUUCAGGCUCAAUAGCCACAAUGCCAUCCUGGAAUUUCUGUUGGAGGGCACCCCCGAAAUCAGGGAGCACUACAUCGACUCCAAGAAGGACGUGGACCGGCACCUGAAGAGCAGCUGCGAGCAGUUCAUCCAGCAGCAAACGGCCAUUUUCGUGGGGAAUCUGGAGGAGUUCCUCACCAAGGUGUCUGCUCUGAAAACAAUGGCCGUCCAGGGAGGCCCCACGUACAACCUCUCCCAGCAGCCCUGGGCGCAGCCCGCCAAGAUCCACGACCUUGUGAUGGACACGCACCGCGUCAUCAAGAGCAAGCUGCCCGGCACGUUGCAGAGCAUGUCUUUGUACUUGGCCAACAGAGACACCGAGUUCAUCCUCUUCAAGCCCGUCAGGAAUAACAUCCAGCAGCUGUUCCAGAGAUUGCACGCCUUGCUGCAGGAGGAGUACAGUGGAGAGGACCUGCAGAUCAUCGCCUGCCCCUCCAUGGAACAGAUCAACCUGCUGCUGUCUGUAAAUAAGUAGUGUAGUGCCCAGGUGCGGCCGGCCCUAACCAGUCCGGUGGAGAGGAGCUCCCGUGAGGCAGCAGCGCUGUGAUGGCGGCAUUUGCCACGCCGGCAGCCGCACCACCACCACCACCACCACCACCAACCUCCUACCCCAACACCUCCUCCUCCAGCGCACCUUCCCCCCUCCUGCUGCCUCCUCUCCCAAUCUCAACUCCAACCGCACCACCACCUCUCAUCCCCGGUAGCCAGGAGCCCUCCAGCAGCGUGGAGCCAAGGCAGAGGCACCGGCAGCAGCCGAGCAGAGCAGAGAGCUGAGAGCUGAGAGCUGAGCCAGUGGGAUGGGUUCCAAGGAGGCUGCAGGGAUGUUGUGGUGGAGGAGAGGAGAGGAGAGGAGAGGAGAGGAGAGGAGAGGAGAGGAGAGGAGAGGAGAGGAGAGGAGAGGAGAGGAGAGGAGAGGAGAGGAGAGGAGAGGAGAGGAGAGACUGGGGAAAGGAGUUGGCGUUACACCGCUCAGCUCGCCAAAGAUGAUGCAAGAGAUGACAAACAUAUAACUCUCAAAUACAGAGCUUCUGCGUGGAAAUAAGAGAUGAUUGGGAUUUUUUUUGUUUUUUUUUGUUUUGUUUUGGGGUUUUUUAAAACGUCUGCAGGAGUGAGGACUGGAUUUUUUUUUUAACGAAUAGGUGCCGUUUUAAUGGGAAAAUCAAGUAUGCAGGGCUAUUCUUCCUUUGGACACGGUUGUGGUUUGGUGUUGGUUACUUUGUUUAUAGAGUGUGUAUGGACUGUACCACUGAAACCGUUUCGUCAGACAGGAUAAAUCUGGAGGUCUUGCUGUAGUGUAGGCCUUGGUCGCCCAGUGUACAGGAUCUCACCUGGUUUGGGGCUGUCUCCUUUAUAAGGACUAUUAUGUGUGUGACAGUGAAGAGAACAGGCUCCCCCGUGUUGCAGGGGAAUCUAGAGACAGUGCUUUAUGAGCAGUGGAAUGAAAACAGAAAUACGCCGGAUAAAGAUAGCUUUUGCUAAGGGCAGAGGCACCUGCAAUUAGGAGAGCCAGGUCUCUAAGUGAUCAUUAAGCCAUCAGUCGGUCUUUUUGUGUGCAAGUCACAAGCAUUCAGCCGGUAGAGGUUACAGUACUUUAAAUAGAGACCAUUUUAGAGGGAGUUCCAUUAGCUCAUCUCUUAAGUGGAUUACAUUAAUGAACUGACUAAUCUGAACAGAUAUGAUGCUUAGAUCAGAUCGGUACUCCUAACAUCCAUAUGUCCCAUUAAGUAACAUGUUAAAAAGGAUGUAAUUUUUCUUUUUAGACGACUAUUACCCAGUGCUGGUAUGAAUUUCUACAGAAAGUGAAAAAGGUUAUAUCUCAUCUCUUACACAAUGAUGAAGCAUUUAUACACUUCUAAGAAGUGUACGUUUUUUGUUUUUUGUUUUGUUUUGUUUUAGAUAAUGUGAACUUAUUUUGCAACUGAAGUGUGGGGAUGUAAAAUUAUGACUAGAAGUGCAAUAUUGCACUCAUGAUAUUCAUCCAAUUUAUACAAUCUUUCCAAAAGUUGAGGCCCUAGCUAAAAGUGAAAACCUCCUUUGUUAUUUGUUGGUGAGGUUUUUUUUUUGUCUUGUGCCCACCAUUUCACAAAACAACCCCCGCCCCUCCUCCCCCCAUUUUGAGUCUUCAGGACAUAUCCAUCUUCCCUGAUGUCUAAGCAGGACACUUGGUAACACUUUACUUGACGCCAGUGUCAUAGGCAUGUCAUUACAGUGUGAUAACAGUGUCAGUGUUAUGCACGUGUCAUAAACAUUAUGUCCAUGUCACAAACAUUUUAUGAUUGUUGGCCUUAAGUGACAUUCAGUUGUCUUUGUCGGAACGGAAUGUCACCGAAUGUCACUUUUAUCUAUGACUGUGCCAUGACAGUUAUGACACUGUAAUGACAUGCCUAUGACACCAGCGUCAAAUUAAGUGUUACAGGACGCUCUAAUGCUAAUGCAUCUCCACUGGUCCUCUCUGUCAGAAGUGUGUAUUCAGGCAAAACAUGUACAUUGGGAUUUUUUGUUUUGUUUUUUGUUUGUUUGUUUUUGUACAAUUUUCUUUUUUUCUACUAAAAUACAUGAAGGGGGGCUUAUGUGGUUUUGCACUACCGAGAUGUUACAGAUUCAUUCUCUCAAGAUGCAGUAAUUGUACUGAUUGACUGUAUGUAUGCAAGCUUUCAAUAAAGUGACAGAUUUAUUUAA